AUGAUUAAGGACAACUGCUCCUAUGUGAACAUUUCUUCAAUACUGAGCCCUGUUCAGUUGGUGACCUACAUUCCCAUAUUCAUCCUGGGCUUCUUGCUGAACUCAUUCGCUUUGUGGAUCUUCUGUUUUUCCAUGAAAAAAUACACAGAAUCUUCAAUAUACUUGAUAAAUCUGGCAAUCCUGGAUUUUUUCCUUGUUCUGUCUUUGCCCACAAAACUGCACUUCUCCCAAGAUGAUAUCAAGGUGAGCAGUCAUCUGUGUGGAUUCCUACAAUCCCUCUACUUUACCAAUAUGUAUGGCAGCAUCUACACAAUUAUGUUCAUCAGCCUGGACAGAUACAUAGCCAUUAUGCAUCCUUUCUGGGCCAGGGUUAUACGCUCACCUAAAAAGACCAUAAUAAUAUGUGUCAUUAUAUGGGUCUUUGUUUGGAGCUUUUCCUUAAGCACAUUUUUCAGCAGAGAAAAAAAAGAGGAAAAUGUUAAUUGUUUUCAUAACAUGUCUGACAGCAUUUGGAGUCCGCACAUAAUCAUACCUCUGGAAAUAUUUGGAUUUUUUAUUCCUAUGACCAUUAUGUUGUAUUGUUCAAUUCAGAGCGUCAGGACACUACUGAUCACCGUAUCUUCCUCAGUAGAGUCUGAAGAAUCGAAGGCUGUUGUUGUACGCAUAAUCAUCUGUAAUCUGGUGGUGUUUUUGGUUUGCUUCAGUUUUACUCAUAUUGGCAUUUUCUUGCAGUUUCUGGCCAGAAGACAGAUCAUUUCAGACUGCAGAGUGAGAAAACACAUCAGCAUAUUUCUGAAUGUGGCUCUCUGUCUAUCUAACAUUAACUGCUGCCUCGAUGCCCUGUGCUAUUACUUUGCAGUGAAAGAAUUCCGGGCCAAAUUUAAGUACAAGCCAAAUGUAACACAGGUGGAAAAUAUUAACACUUAA